AAAAUGAAACGCCGCCGUUUAAGUGUGAUUAGGCUUUUUAGGUUGUGAUCCACAUUAUUGUUUCUCAACUCCGCGGCGUAAAUCCUCGGAGUUUGAGAAAACCCUAACCCUAAUUUUCAAAUCGCAAUCUUCUACUUUCAGUCAUGGCCGGAGCUGCUCCCGAAGGUUCUCAAUUUGACGCUCGUCAGUUUGAUGCAAAAAUGACUGAGUUACUUGGGGCUGAUGGACAAGAAUUCUUCACCUCAUAUGACGAGGUCCACGAUAGUUUCGAUGCAAUGGGAUUGCAAGAAAACCUUUUAAGAGGCAUAUAUGCAUACGGUUUUGAGAAGCCUUCUGCCAUACAGCAAAGGGGUAUUGUUCCGUUUUGCAAGGGACUGGAUGUUAUUCAACAAGCACAAUCUGGGACUGGAAAAACAGCAACUUUUUGCUCUGGAAUUCUUCAGCAACUUGAUUAUGCUGUAGUUGAAUGUCAGGCACUGGUCCUGGCACCUACUCGUGAACUUGCACAACAGAUUGAGAAGGUUAUGCGAGCUCUUGGUGACUAUCUUGGUGUAAAGGUUCAUGCUUGUGUAGGAGGGACUAGUGUUCGAGAAGAUCAGCGCAUCCUCUCAAGUGGGGUUCAUGUUGUUGUUGGUACCCCUGGCCGAGUGUUUGACAUGUUGCGAAGGCAGUCUCUUCGUGCAGAUCACAUCAAAAUGUUUGUACUUGAUGAAGCUGAUGAAAUGCUGUCAAGAGGUUUCAAGGAUCAGAUCUAUGAUAUCUUCCAGUUGCUACCCCCAAAAAUUCAGGUUGGGGUUUUUUCUGCAACCAUGCCUCCAGAGGCACUUGAGAUCACCAGGAAAUUCAUGAACAAGCCUGUAAGGAUUCUUGUGAAACGUGAUGAGCUUACUCUUGAGGGUAUUAAACAGUUUUAUGUUAAUGUUGACAAAGAGGAGUGGAAAUUGGAAACACUUUGUGAUUUGUACGAGACUUUAGCCAUUACGCAAAGUGUCAUAUUUGUUAAUACUAGGCGAAAGGUUGAUUGGCUCACUGACAAAAUGCGAAGCCGUGACCACACAGUUUCUGCUACUCAUGGAGACAUGGAUCAGAAUACUAGAGACAUUAUCAUGAGGGAAUUUAGAUCUGGAUCAUCCCGUGUGCUUAUCACCACUGACCUUCUGGCCCGUGGUAUUGAUGUGCAGCAAGUGUCACUUGUUAUCAACUAUGAUCUCCCAACUCAACCAGAGAAUUACCUUCAUCGUAUUGGGCGUAGUGGACGAUUUGGAAGGAAAGGUGUUGCAAUUAAUUUUGUGACCAAGGAUGAUGAUAGGAUGCUGUUUGACAUACAGAAGUUUUACAAUGUAGUAGUUGAGGAGCUGCCAGCCAAUGUUGCUGAUCUCCUUUAGUAAGGUUUUGAUGCGAUGAGGUAAAAUUGCUUGUUAUGCAAAAGCCUUGGUUUUUCAUACUAUUUACUAGUAGAAUAUUUAUUGGACUUCCAUCUGGGAGAUGUGGAUCUCAUCAAUUGCAUUGGGACCUCUCAUUUCCAGUCGGCUUGUAAUCUGAAUAUGUGUUUGCAAUUUUUGGGGAUUUUUUUGUUUUUUUUAUAUAGCUUGCAAGUUAAAUUGACUA